AUGAAUUAUUUCCUGAGCUCACAAAGGUCGGAACAACCAUACCCAACCCAACAAAUCAACUUCUCCCAAACUUGCACACAGACGUCAUCGCAACCGUUCUCACAGAGUAUUAGACCGUCACUCCUCAUGGCAAGAAGCCAGCUCGAGCAGAGGCAAAAGGAGAAAGAGAUGAGGAAAAACAAGAAGAAGGAAAUGAUGAGGGCAUUAAUGACGCGGACAACAAACCUCUGCGAAAAACUUGAAAAAAAGAAAGAAAGGCUUCAGAAGCUCCGCGACAAACAGGCAAAACUUGCUGAAGAAGUCCUCUUUUCAUUCAAUGAGCAAAGUGCGAUGCUUGUGAAUUUGUUCGACAGCAAAAUGACGGGUAGUUGGUGUCGCAUUGAAAAAUUCCCGCGAGGAACAAACGCCUUGCGACAAAAUAAGUGA